GAGGGGGGCACAGCUGGGGGCGGCGCUAGCCGCGGUGCUCCCCUCGUGGUCGGGGGCGAAGGUGAAGACCGCUCUCAAGGUGCUGGUGCUGCUGAGCAGAUUCGGGCCCGGUUCCCUGGUCCGGGUGCUUGGCGGCCCUGCUAUCGACUCAGCGUCCGCGCCGGCAGGAGCCUGGGGAAGAACUGGCGGUGGCGCGACUGCCGGCGACGGCCGGCUGGAUGCGAGACCUGCGUGGACCGGGCGGUGGACAGCGGUUGACGACUCCAAGAAGCGGAUCACCUAGCAGAGGAGCCCGACCGCGCUGGCCAUGGCCUCCAACUUUAACGACAUAGUCAAGCAGGGCUACGUGAAAAUCCGCAGCAGGAAGCUAGGGAUUUUCAGACGAUGUUGGUUGGUUUUUAAGAAGGCUUCUAGCAAGGGACCCAGAAGGCUAGAAAAAUUUCCAGAUGAAAAGGCAGCUUAUUUCAGAAACUUUCACAAGGUAACUGAACUGCACAACAUCAAAAAUAUUACCAGACUGCCUCGAGAGACCAAGAAGCAUGCCGUGGCCAUUAUCUUUCAUGACGAAACGUCAAAGACAUUUGCUUGUGAGUCAGAGCUGGAGGCUGAGGAGUGGUGCAAACACCUUUGCAUGGAAUGCCUGGGGACAAGGCUGAAUGACAUCAGCCUUGGGGAGCCUGACCUACUGGCAGCUGGGGUGCAGCGGGAACAGAAUGAACGAUUCAAUGUUUAUCUUAUGCCUACACCCAACCUGGAUAUUUAUGGUGAAUGCACAAUGCAGAUCACUCAUGAGAAUAUCUAUCUCUGGGAUAUCCACAAUGCCAAGGUCAAGCUGGUGAUGUGGCCUCUUAGCUCACUAAGAAGAUAUGGUCGGGAUUCAACGUGGUUCACCUUUGAGUCAGGAAGAAUGUGUGACACGGGAGAAGGACUAUUCACUUUUCAAACAAGGGAAGGAGAAAUGAUCUAUCAGAAGGUCCACUCUGCAACACUGGCCAUAGCUGAGCAACAUGAAAGAUUAAUGCUAGAAAUGGAGCAGAAGGCCCGGCUUCAGACAAGCUUGACUGAACCAAUGACAUUAUCGAAAUCCAUCUCUCUUCCUCGUAGUGCAUACUGGCAUCACAUUACGCGUCAGAACAGCGUUGGAGAAAUCUACAGCUUGCAAGGUCAUGGGUUUGGCUCAUCAAAGAUGUCCAGGGCACAGACAUUUCCAAGUUAUGCUGCAGAACAGAGUGAAGAGGCUCAGCCACCAUUGUCUCGGUCCAGCAGUUAUGGAUUCAGCUAUAGCUCCAGCCUCAUUCAGUGACAUACAGAGGCCACCACUGACCAGCAAAACAGUCUGCCCUGGACCUGCCAUGGGGUCAUUUCGCCCUGUGUAUCCUGGAAGAUCAAUUGCUGUACAAAUUAACAUUGGUAGGGCGUAGUCCCAACUGAAAGGUUAAAAACUGAAGUUCUGCUUCCUUGAUUCAGUGGUUAAGUCCUUUAUUUAUUGAAUUUCUAUGGGGGAAAUCUAUGUUUUACAAAAAAAUCCAAUAAUAUGAACACUCAUUUCAAUACAACAAAUUCUUUGUGUCUGACAGUAGCAGAAGCCUUGGCACUGGGAAAUUUGCCCACUCUAGUUUGUGCCUGGUUGGGGUCACCAAAAUUUGUCUUUCAGACUGUUUGCUCCUGUUUCGACACAGGGCCUGUCUUUAAACAUAAUAAUGACCCACUCUAAGCUCUGUGGCUUUUUCAAUUUUGACAGAAACAAAUCAUGUAAUCUUUACUCAUGGUAUCAUAACUCUCCAUGUAAAGAAGUCCAGUGACAAUUAAGGGGGUGUUAAAUUAGAAUAUUCUAUUCAGAAGGACCCUGUAGCUCGAGUGUGUGUGGAUGUGGGGGGUUGUAUGUCUGUGUCUCUAUGUAUGUAGGAAAUUACUAUAACCAUCUACAGAUUAGGGUAUAUCAAAUGUGCUAAAUGUGACAGGAUAUGCUCACUUAAAUUAUUUAAAACUAAUUUGUCACAUUAAAAUUAAAACUAUGUUGAAUAACUAUUUUUAAAUUAGUGCUGUUAGAAUAUGAAAAAGGUCCCCUGUUAGAAAAUGAAAAAGGUUCCCUACUAACAACAGUAUCUCUGAAGCCCACUCUGGUCUUAUGAGGAUUAUGAUCAGAAACACAAGAAGGAAGCACUUUGGAAACAAGAUUACCAUCCCAGCUGCCCUGCAUGUCCAUUACACUGUCUGUCUGGUUGAUGUUGCCUUGUUGUUGACUGUUUCUUCCAUCUGAGCUACUUGAGAAAUUGGUGUAAUCUCCAACUCUAAAAUGUUUGAGAAAGACACAAAGCUACACUGAAAAUGAACUCAGCUGUUUGUAGUUAAAAGAAGAACAAAUGAUACAUGAAAGUAGAUGUUUUAAGUUUCACAGAGGAAUUUUUGCAUGGGUCGUUGGGGUCUUGGCAUCUGCUAUGGAAACAGAACUUACAUGACUUGAAUUUUUUUUGCCCUGAACUUGAUUGGUUGGGAUGAAAAGAGAAAAUGUUUGGCUUGCAAAUUUUUUUCAGUUCUACCACCUGACAAUGUCCAAGUUUAAAGGGAAAUGGAAAAUUCCUCUCUAAAAGAGAAAGUUUGGCUUGUUCAGGUCAACAUAGACAUAUUUUGAGCAUAAUUUAGUGAGUGAAAAUAUAAAUUACUCUGUGAGACUCACCUGGUGUCACUUGCCUAAACCAGAUAUCAAUUAAGGAAUCCAGAUCAUAUUCCUGAACACAAGGUCAAGGUCAAGCAAGAGGAAAACCUGUUUUUUUCUUUGAUAGCAAAAUGUUCUACCAAACUUAGUCUACUGAAAGGGUACCUUUUUGCUGAUCCUUGUUAAGAUUUCAUUCAUCCUGAGUCAGGCAGUAGUGGUUCAUGCCUUUAAUCCCUGUACUUGGGAGGCAAAGGCAGGAGAAUACAAGAGCUAA